AUGCCCUUCGAAACCACUACGAAAGCGUUCAUUCAGUGGUUGGCCGAGCACAACGUCUCUGUUUCGCCCAAGGUGGAAAUUGCCGACCUCCGUGCCCAGAAUCAGGGCCGUGGUUUGGUGGCCACCCAAGACAUCAAAGACGACGAAGUGUUGUUCACGAUUCCUCGCAGUGCCAUGCUCAACGUCGACAACUCGUCGCUCGUCACUGACCAUCCCGAGCUCCGUCCCAAGCUCUUUGCGUUGAACCAAUGGGAGUCGUUGAUCAUCACCUUGCUCUACGAAAUCCAGGUCAAGAAACAGGACUCGCCAUGGCACCAGUACUUCUGCAUGUUGCCUAUCCUCGACUCCGACAACUACACGUUCAACCAGUUGAUGUUCUGGUCCGAAAAAGACUUGAAGCACUUGGAGCCGUCGUUGAUCUUGGACAGAAUCGGAAAGGACAUCUCGGAGGCCAUGUACGCCAAGUUGUUCCCCACCGUCGUGGUCCAAGACCUCGGCUUGGCGCUGUUGCAGCUGGUGACUUUGGAGGACUACCACCGCGUGGCCUCAAUCAUCAUGUCGUAUUCGUUCGAUGUGGACAGACCCGAUUUCGACUCUGAGGAGGAAAGUGAGGAUGAGGAGGAUGAAGAUGAGGAAGAGGAUGAAGAAAACAACAAAAAGCCCAAAAACGACAACUCCAAGGACGCAAGCUCCAAAAAGGCCAAGCAGGUCAAGAAGAACCACGACGCCCAGGACGACGACGCCAGCUACGACGACGCUCACCUCCUCAAUGACGGCUACUUCAAGUCCAUGAUCCCGUUGGCUGACACCUUGAACGCCAACACCAACUUGCACAAUGCAAGCUUGAUGUACACCGAGGACAACUUGGUGAUGAAGAGCAUUAAGCCCAUCCGCAAGGGCGACCAGGUGUACAACAUCUAUUCGGACCACCCCAACAGUGAGAUUUUAAGACGGUACGGCUACAUCGAGCCCAAUGGUUCCAAGUAUGACUUCGGAGAGAUUCCUCUCGGCAUCAUCAGGGACUUCUUCGUCCAGCAAAGUGGAUUGAGCGUCGACUCGGUACAGGAGAUCUUCUCCAUCUUGAACAAGGUAGUGGAGAUCGAGCAGGAGGAAUCGGAAAUGGUAGAAAUUGUGUUGGACUCCUACGACUGUUUCACCACCAGUGAGGUCAUUUUGGAGCUCAUCUUUUUGAUCCAGAUCUUGACCAUCAUCUCGUCGAUCCACCGUAUCAACUCCAUGGAGUUGUUGGCCUACGAGCCCAAAUUCCAGUUGGUAAGCAGAGUUUUCAAGAAAACUUAUCAGUUGAUCGAAUCCAAGAGAUUGACAAAGGUUUUCUUGGCCAACUUUGAACAGAUCAUAGCACAAAGACUCGCUCAGUACCCUGAGGUAGCCAGCGAGCCAUUCGAAGAGUAUGGAGAAAACAUCGGCCAGAAGUCUCAGGAUGAAACCAGAAGGAUUUAUGCCCAGGUCGUCCUAAAAUCCGAGGUCCAAUCACUCAAAAACUGUUUGAAAGUGGAGAAAACUUUCCAAAACGGAGACUUUGCAAACUACAAGUUUAUCGAUGAUGGCAAAUUCAUUAGAAACAUCAUCAAGAAGAGAUUCAGCGACGACUCCACCAGUGAGGAUGAGGUGACCAGUAAAAAGGCUAGAGCCACAUAAAUUGUGAGGAUUUCUCACACGCAGAAGGAACUGGAUGGAGUCUCGUGAAAAUCCAUGCAGAAUGUCCUUGCAUUUCGUUUUCGAUUCAAUUCG